GGAUUUUUAUUUUUAAUUUAUUACACAGGAUGAACGAGAGCAAAAGGAAAAAGGAAGAAUAAAAAAUGGAAACAGGUUUCUCACAGCGCUCAAGAUGAUUUUUGAGAUGCGAGAGCUUGAGGCGUAUAUUCCUUCCUUCAAUUAGCAAAUAACCGCUGCUAUUAAUAAGCCUACCGGAACAGCUAGCUAACAACAUCUGUCGCGCAGGAUCGAUGGUGACACCAAAUUGGAGAGAUUGUGGAAAAAAGAAAAACUUCUUGACCCACAGCCGCCAAUCGCCAAACACAAAAUCCACUCUCUUCGCCUCAUUUGACAGCCUUAGAGGUUCUUCAAGAGCCUUUUCGCGAUAUUUGUGACUUUGAUUUUUUGAAUAAAAGAUGUUAGGAAUAAAUGAAUUUGAAAUCUACCAGAAUAAUAAUACCAAAACUUUACAUUCGGAUUAUGUUUACAGGCAAGAAACUUCUUUUAAAUGUAUAAAAUUUCUAAUUUUUAGAUUCGCUCUUCCCUUCGAGAGAGUGCACGACAAGGUUGGGUGGACCAGCCUCUUCCAGAGGUAUUGGUAUCACUCAAUCACAGUUUCUCUCCUUUACUACGCAUUUGUGCGACUUUUGCAACGUUUGAUGCGCGACCGUCAGCCCUUUCAGCUUCGUGUUCCUCUCAUCGUUUGGAACUUUGUAUUGGCAAUAUUUAGUUUUGCGGGACUUGAUUUUCUUUACAACUUGACAAAACAUGGGCUGGUAUAUUCAAUUUGUCAUUCGUGUAAUCCGGACAGUGUGGCGGCCUUUUGGUUGAUUUUUAUGUUUAAAUUAAAAAAUUUCCUGACUAGGUCAUUGUUGUUCGCCUUCUCAAAAAUUGUUGAAUUUGGUGAUACUUUAUUCAUCGUGCUUCGAAAACGGAAACUCAUUGUUUAUAAAAUUUUUAAAAUAACAAUAAAUCAUUCAAAUUUUCAAGUUUCUUCAUUACUAUCACCAUGCUGCAGUAUUUGUUUACACUAUCCAUUCUGUUUCCUUGCCCACUCCGCUAUGUAUUCGUACUAUACAGCCAAGUCUUGUGGCAUAAAAGUUCCAAGACCUAUAGCUAUGGCGGUGACUAGCAUCCAAACAGCUCAAAUGUUCUUGGGAGUUGCUGUUUCCACAUUGGUUCUGAAACUGAAGCUUUUGGACGGGUAUAGAUGCCAGCAAAGCUGGGCCAACUUAAUAUUAGCAUUCGCUAUAUAUGCCAGUUUUGCUCUUCUGUUUGUACGCUUCUUCGUUGACGCGUAUUUGCAUCGCAACCGAAAGCAAAAAGAAAAAUAAUUCGAAACAGCUAUACUAAUCUUGUGCUGAUUUUUAAAAUGAACCGGAUAUCUGAUCAACACACUAAUUACAAAAAAAAAUUCUUCCUAUUUUUUAUCGAAAUUUUAUCAAUUUUAUUUUUCUUAUAUACACACCUAUAUAUUUAUUUUCAAUCCUGGGAAAAAAUUUUUCUGCCUGAGUACUUAAAAUCCAUCUCUUUUGUGUGCACAACUCGCAUUUCCUCAUCCAUUUGUGUGCCUUUUGCUCCCACUCUGUUUUCUUCCCGCUGCCUGGCCGAGAGCAUUUUGAUGGAGACAGCCGCGACGUUGGGAUGGGCCACCCAUUGAUUUUCCUUUGGCUUUUUCUUCUCCUCUUAUCCUUUGCUC